AUGCAGUGUAUCAAGCACUAUGUGGGCCACGGCAAUGCAAUCAAUGAAUUAAAGUUUCACCCAAGAGACCCAAAUCUUCUGUUAUCUGUAAGCAAAGACCAUGCACUGAGAUUGUGGAAUAUUCAGACUGACACUCUGGUUGCAAUAUUCGGAGGUGUAGAAGGUCAUAGAGAUGAAGUAUUAAGUGCGGACUAUGAUCUGCUAGGAGAGAAGAUUAUGUCGUGUGGAAUGGACCAUUCACUCAAACUGUGGCGACUAAACUCAAAAAGAAUGCAUACUGCAAUCAAAGACUCCUAUGAAUACAAUCCUAACAAAACAAAUAGGCCGUUUAUUUCACAAAAGAUCCAUUUUCUGAUUUCUCUACAAGAGACAUUCACAGAAAUUACGUAGAUUGUGUCAGGUGGCUUGGAGACUUGAUACUGUCAAAGUCAUGUGAAAAUGCCAUUGUUUGCUGGAAACCAGGCAAAAUGGAAGAUGACAUUGAUAAGAUCAAGCCCAACGAGUCCAAUGUCACAAUCCUGGGGAGGUUUGACUACAGCCAGUGUGAUAUCUGGUAUAUGAGAUUUUCUAUGGACUUCUGGCAAAAGAUGCUUGCACUUGGAAACCAGGUGGGAAAGUUGUAUGUCUGGGAUCUUGAAGUAGAAGAUCCACACAAAGCCAAGUGUACAACCCUCACACAUCCCAAAUGCGUAGCGGCAAUCCGACAGACCAGCUUCAGCCGGGAUAGUAGUACUCUCAUAGCUGUAUGUGACGAUGCCACCAUUUGGCGCUGGGAUAGACUCCGGUGA